UUUGCUAAACAACUAGAUUAGCAAAGAUCUAUAACACUAAUUGUAAUUUUUUAAAACCUUUUGGGAGCCAGGCUUUUCAAAACUACCAUAUGUCAAACAGAUCAAAGGUGAACCUGUAGACUUACAAACAUUAAAGAACUUUCAAAGACCAAGCUAGUAUAUUUUGAGUUUGUGCAAGGUUGCUGAAGAUUGUGUCAUGUGUUCUACUUAACUCUGUGCAGUUUGUGACUUAACAUUGAAAUACGGUGCAUUUCCUGUUGGUAAUUACCAACUCAACACUAAGACAUUUUUUCGGUACUUGGAUUCACAAUAGACUGUGUGUGCAUGUACCUGAUACAAAAUGGCUCAGAAAUCUAGUGGAUGUUUUCUGGGAUGUUUAUUCAGAAUAUGUUCAUCCAAGUCUCAAGAAAAGUCCAAAAAGGGAUCCCCAACACCUAGUAGUAGCUCAGUAGAAUACAAAAUGGCUGGCAAGGACUUCCUGCAGCCCAGCUUUCCGGCCCCCAACUCCCAGCAGAGGCUCUCUGACACUCGGAACAAGGUGGCUCUCAAGCCAGGGCGCUCACUGAUGGACUGGAUCCGACUGGGAAGGAGCAGGGAGGAUCUAACAGGGGUGGGCGGUAAAAUUUUGGAGGUGGACGCAGAAGAGUUGGCUAAGCAUAAUAGAAGAAAUGAUGCCUGGAUUGCCUUAAGAGGCAAAGUGUACAAUAUCACCCCUUACAUGGAGUAUCACCCGGGGGGAGAUGACGAAUUGAUGAGGGGGGCAGGGAUUGACGGAACUCAACUGUUUGAUGAGGUUCAUAAAUGGGUAAAUUAUGAAUCAAUGUUGGAGAAGUGCUUCGUGGGAAAGCUGAAGUCUACAACACCAGUCCAUAGAAGAGUUUCCUUGUUAAGGACGCUGGAGCCUUCUACAUCUGCACCAGGGCUUAGUA